AUGGGCUCCAGGCUGUGCAGCCCAGCCCGAGGUAACCACUCAGAGCAGGAGAGGGACCUGGACAAGGAAUGGGAGCAGGAGCGGGAUCAGGGGCGCUUGAGGUCCGGGAGCCACAGGCAGCAACACCACAGCAAGAGCAAGAGCUGGAGUCAGCACCAGGAGCCAAGAUCUGGCUCGGACUCUGGCAAUGACAGACAGAAAUGGAAAAAGAAGAAAAGACACCACAGCCAGGACCAGUACCAGGACCAGAGGAAACAGUGCUCAUGGUCCUGGGGCUGCUCCUCCGGCUCCAGCCUGGAGCGCGGGUGGGAGAGGGCAGCACGGGGCCAGGAGUGGCACCACAGGAGGGAUGGAUCCAAGUCUUCUGUGUCCUCCAUCACCUCCCCUGCCCCACCGUGUCCCCGGGAGGAGCUGGGGCAGCAGCUGAGCCUGAGGGAAGAGGAGAAGAAACAGGCAGCUCUUCUGAAGCCCAAGGAGAAGUAAGCACAGAGGCUGGCCAAGAAGGAGGCCAAGGAGAUAAAGAAACGGGAGAAGAUGGGCCGGGGUGAGGAGUACACAGGCUACACCAACACUGACAAACCUUUUGGGAACAAAAACCUGCUUGGCACAUUUAUCUGGAGCAAGGCACUGGAAAAGAAAGUGAUCAGCCAUCUGGAUGAGAAGGACCUGAAGGAGAGGAUCAAGCAAAUCCAGGAGGACAAUCGCCUGGAGCUGCAGAAGGUGAAGAAGAUGCGCCUGGAGCGGGAGCAGGAAAAAGCCAUGCAGGAGCUGGAGAUGCAGCAGCGGGAGAAAGAGGCAGAGCACUUCAAAACAUGGGAAGAGCAGGAGGACAACUUCCACUUGCAGCACGCCAAGCUGAGGUCUGAGAUCCAGAUUUGGGAUGGGAGGGUGAAACCCACUGAUCUUCUGGCCAAGUACAUUAGCACAGAGGACAAUGACCUGGCUGUGAAGAUGCAUGAGCCCUACAACUUCCUAAAUGACUUGACUGUCUCUGACAUGGAGGACCUGGUGGAGGACAUCCAGGUGUACACAGAGCUGGAGCAAGGGAAGAACACGGACUUCUGGAGGGACAUGACCAUCAUCACAGAGGAUGAGAUAGCCAAGCUCUGCAAGCCAGAGGCCUCUAGGAAAGGAAGACCAGAGGAGCGUCGUGAUGGUGUCAAUGCCUUGGUCAGCUCAGAUGUGCAGUCCAUGUUCAAGGGGAAGACAUACAACCAGCUGCAAGCAUUGUACCACAGCAUUGAGAGCAAGAUCCAGGCAAGAGGGCCCAACCUGGACAUUGGGUACCAGGAGAGCCUUUUGCAGCAGCUGAAGGCUUACAUGGCUCAGGCCAGGUUACAGGAGCAGCACCAGGACAUGCUGCGUCAGAAGCUCUACAAGCAGAAACAAGAGCAGCGUGUGGAGUGUGAACCACUCUUCCCCAUCAUCAAGCAGGAGCCAGCUUCCCCCAGCAACAGGCUGGAUCCCAAGGAGAGUCUGGAGGCACAGCCAAGCCCAUCCUCAGAGCCAGAGCAGGACACAGAGGCAGAGGGGGAGGCUGUGCUGAUGGAGGAGGAUCUGAUCCAGCAGAGCCUGGAUGACUAUGAUGCAGGCAAGUACAGUCCCCGAUUGCUGGGCCCCAACGAGCUGCCCUUCAAUGCCCAUGUGCUGGAGGCCGAGGAGGACACACACCAGCUGCUGCUCCUGCGCCAGCAGCUCCAGGUAACAGGUGAUGCUUCUGAGAGUACCAACAUCUUCUUCGAUAAGGCUAAGGAGGGUAUGGAUGCGGACGAGGCACAGUUCAGCGUGGAGAUGCUGCUCACAGGCAAGGCCUGUCUGUGGGCUGACAAGUACCGGCCACGCAAGCCCCGCUUCUUCAACCGUGUGCACACAGGCUUCCAGUGGAACAAGGUGUUGUUGACCCACUAUGACGUUGACAACUCCCCACCCAAGACCAUGCAGGGCUAUAAGUUCAACAUCUUCUACCCCAACCUCAUUGACAAGUACUCGAUGCCCAAGUACUUCCUGGAGGCCUGCCAGGACAACAAGGACUUUGCCAUCCUGCACUUCCAUGCUGGGCCACCCUAUGAGGACAUAGCCUUCAAGAUUGUCAAUAGGGAGUGGGAGUAUUCCCACCACCAUGGCUUCCGCUGCCAGUUUGCUAAUGGCAUCUUCCAGCUCUGGUUCCACUUCAAGUGUUACCGGUACCAUUGGUGA